CCCAUUGUGGAAAAGUCUAUUGCCAUUUUACAUCAAAUUCUUAAUCUUAUAUUCAAUUGAAAGCUCAUUCAUCCUUCCGUGUUGAUUUCACAGGGCUAAAAAUCAAGAAUAUUAUUUGUUUUAGCUCUUCACCUUGCCCCUAAAUUUAGUAUCCUUACCAUUACCCACCAGGGAAAUAGGAGUCAUGGCUAACAUUUACAACGAUGCAACAUGUGAUAAUUGUCAAAUUAUCUCUAACAAUUGCAACGAAAGAUGCUUCAACGAAUCAUUCAGUAAACCAAUGCCAACCAUCGGCGUCUAUGUAGCAGUAGCAUCUCUACUUUGUACCCUUGCAAUGGCUGUGGAUGCCUUUCUAGCCUUCCGCUUAAAAAGACUUUGGUUCCCAUGCAAACUUUUUGCUCUGAAUGCCGCUUCUCUUACAGUGUUGGCUGUAGCGAUGAAGCUGCCCGUGGAUAUAUCUGACCCGAUGCCAGGUGAUACUUAUAGAUUACUAUUUAUUAAAAUGAAUUUCGUGUACUUGCAACUAUUUAAAGUUCGAAUAUACAUAAGAUAUACAGCGGGUUAUCAAUGUAAGAAGACUUUCCAAAACAUCGUUUUCAUGUGUGUUGUAAUAUGUAACUUCAUGCCAUCAGUAGGAUCCAUGAGUAACAAAGAAAUAUUGUCGAACGUUAUAGCUCUAGACAUUCUGGUAAUCACCAUCAUUGUCAAUCUCUGCAUUGAAAUGGGUAUCGGAUUGAUUUUUAGCAUGAUACCUGAAUAUAUAUUAAUUAUAUUCUUCAUGACCAUAUCUGAACUCGGAUGGUUUAUCUUUAUAAGCUUUAAGCGUUCCAACAAUGCUGGCAAUGCCAAUGCAAAUUUCUCCAGAGUCGAAUACUACUGGAUCGACAAGCUGGUUGAGUGGAAGGAGAGACCAUUGUCUUUAAACAUCAGGGGAACAAAAUUUAGAAAAUAUCGUGGUACAAGAAACUUAUUUCUUUCCUUCUGCAUAAGAACUCAGAUUCUGGUUGUGUCGAUGAGCAAAUUUGUACGGUUUGUCUCGGUUGUUUCCUUCAACUUGAUGUUCACGUGUCAACUUCAGGGCCCAAACUAUCAUCAAUCAGAACCAGAACUAGGGAAAGACUCCGAAUAUCACCGCUAUGUUCUGUUACUAGAAGGUGAAGAAGAGAUGCCCGAAAGAAUCUUUAAGAACAUAUCUGGUACUGCAAACCAACUAGUAGACACAGGAAGGAAACGGCAGCCAAAACAUCUGAUUAACUUACUAAGAAAAUCUAGCAGCUUUUCUGGGGUGGCGGAUAUUUACUGUGACCAAGUUCCAGCACUGCAUUCAGUAGAACCUUCAAACUGCUGGACCCUAAGUGUGGUGACACUCACUAGCAUAGCUGUUGCACUUCCCAAAGUGAGAAAUCAGAUGGCCCAUCAGCUAAUAAGGAGUGUCCAUGGAGGCCUCAAGUAUGCCAGCUUUGUAGAGGAAACUAUGUACCCUGAAGACAGGUUCACAAACAUUAGAAAUGUAGCACAUACAGUGUGGGAAGAACUAGAAUUCCAUAGAAAAUGGUUGGAUGAGGACUUACAGAAGUUGACCCUUGAAGGGAAAACUUUUAGGGGAACACUUGAAAUUCUUACACGAAUAGUUUCAAAGAAGGUGAUGGAUUUCAAACAAACCAGUGAUGGAAGAAUGCUGGACAACCCUCUCAACUGGCCAAUCAGAAUAAUAGCUGCCAACUCAAUGUAUAAAAUUGGGAAGGCUAUCCUGCUGAAUAGCGAAGGACACCAUGACUUGGUUGAUGAAAAGCUAUUUGAGAGACUAUCCAUUACAAUAGCAGAUAUACUAAGUGCUUGUUUUCCCAAUCUGCCACGAGCUAUAACUAUGAUUUGUAACUCUAGUACCAUUGAAGAGAGGGAAAAAAGUGUGUGCAGAGCAACUUUAUUAGUUGGUAAGACCGAAGAUAUCUUGAAGAUAAUUCAACGCCAUGAACUUCCAAAUAUAAAUUCUGAUCAAUCAGCUUAUAUUGAUCAGUGGAAGCUUGUACUCCAACAAAAAAACCUUGUCCCUGCUAUCCCUUCCAAUGGUGAAAUAGCACUCUGAGCUGCAAUGUAAGGGACCUAAUUGAUAGCCAACAAAUUUAGAUGGUAACAGCUCACUUCCUCAAGGCUAUCUAACUACUGAUAUUUUUGAUAUUUACCUUAGCCAUAAACUUUACUAGCUUCGUGUUGAAGAAAAAUCGACACCAUUAAUGAUUCUAGAAAUUGUUUGUGUUAUCUUCUGCACAAGAGAUUGUCGCUGUAAUUCUCUCUUCCUUGUUUCUAUGAGUUAAUCUGAACCUUAACAGAAAUUAAUUUGUUCCGCUAAAAUGGUUUGUCUGGUGAAAAGAAACAAGCAAAGGCAAACAAUAGAAGAAAGUUUCAGAAAAGAAGCAAAGGCUUAUUGGUUCUGACUAAUUUUAGCAUGUCAAUGAUGUUGCUAGAAUCCAGUAAGAAUUUUGUAA